CGCAGCGCCGACGGGAGGACAGCAGGGAGCGGGUUGCGCAUGCUAGCGGGUAAUCUCAAAAGAUGGAGGGAGGAAACUUCGGCUACCCCCAAGACUACCUGGACCGCUUCAUCCAGAGCCAGGACUCGUCGGUGGUGAACAAGUUCCAGCGGAGGUACUGGAAGACCAAGCAGACGCUCAUCAAGGUCACCGGGAAGAAGGAGGACGAGCACGUGGUGGCGUCGGAUGCGGACCUGGACGGCAAGCUGGAGGUCUUCCACUCCAUCCAGAGAACAUGCAUGGAGCUGCUGAAGGUCAUCGAACAGUACCAGAGGAGGAUCUGCUAUCUCUCCCAGGAGGAGAACGAACUGGGUCGCUUCCUGCGCUCUCAGGGCUCGCUGGAUAAAACCAGGGCUGGAAAGAUCAUGCAGGCCACAGGGAAAGCCCUCUGCUUCUCCUCCCAGCAAAGAUUGGCCCUGAGGAACCCUCUGUGCCGCUUGUACCAGGAGGUGGAGACCUUUCGCUACCGGGCCAUCUCGGACACGUGGCUGACGGUGAACCGGAUGGAGCAGUCCAGAACCGAGUACCGCGGAGCGCUGCUGUGGAUGAAGGACGUGUCCCAGGAGCUGGAUCCAGACACUCACAAGCAGAUGGAGAAGUUUCGCAAGGUUCAGGCCCAGGUGCGCACGACCAAAACAAGCUUUGACAAACUGAAGACGGACGUCUGCCAGAAGGUGGACCUGCUGGGAGCCAGUCGCUGCAACCUGCUCUCCCACGUGUUAACCACAUAUCAGACGACACUGUUGCACUUCUGGGAGAAGACGUCGCACACCAUGGCGGCCAUUCACGAGAGCUUCAAGGGCAGUCAGCAUGACGAGUCCUCCGGCCUUAAGACGGACAAGCUGGCCAAGAGGAAAGGGAAGAAGAAAAUUAAAGCCGAGGCCGGAGACGGAGAGAAAGCCGAGACCACGGACGACCAACUCAUCUCACUCGUAAAUGAAAACACCAGAGAAGGUAUAAAUUAUAAGACCGCCUCUCCGUCGGAGGAGAAGGACGGCAUGGCCUUCCUGAACGACAUCCUGGGCGGCAUGUCCGUGGACGACGGAGACUUCUCGCGAGAGUGGACGGAAGUGUUCGGAGAACCCGACGACGACGGAGCGAGCGCGGCAGCGGCGGCGUGGGGUCGACCGGCGGAGGCCCAGCAACCGGAGAGCGCCUUCUUCCUCCCGUCUCACCUGUUGGACCAGAGCUUGAACGCCCAACAGUCGUGCCUCUCAGAUCGGGCGGGCGUCGCCCCGGCGAAGGAUCCCUCAUCUGGAGCCAAUCAGAACCCGGAUAAGCCGGCAGUGAAAGAGAACGUGGGGACGUCCAAAGACCUCUCGGCGUGGUUCAACCUGUUUGCCGAUCUGGACCCCCUCUCCAACCCCGACGCGGUCGGCAAGACCGACAGAGAGCACGAACUCCACAACGUGUAGUUCUUCCUCAGCGGGCCGGUCUG